CUAACUUGGAUAUGGUUAAUGGUACCACAUGAUCUGAUCAUUUAUAGUUUUUCCAGAGUUUAUUACGGUUCCAAUAUUAUUCAAUUUCAUAAUAAUGUUGUUAAGUAAUUGUGAAUCAAUCUUAAUAAAGAAAAUUCGCGCUGUUGUCAGUUUUUAGUUGACGACUUGUAUGUGACUAAGAUGGCGUCAGCGGAACAAGUAGGUCUUAACAAAACUUGGGAAUUAUCGCUUUAUGAAUUACAUCGAACACCUCAAGAUGCUAUUACCGACAAUACAGAAAUCGCGGUUAGUCCACGAAGUUUACACAGCGAACUUAUGUGCCCAAUUUGUUUGGAUAUGCUUAAAAAAACCAUGACCACCAAGGAGUGCCUCCACCGUUUCUGUUCCGAUUGUAUCAUCACCGCACUUCGAAGCGGUAAUAAGGAAUGUCCAACUUGUAGAAAAAAGUUAGUUUCUAAACGUUCUUUGAGACCAGAUCCAAACUUUGAUCUAUUAAUUUCAAAGAUAUACCCAAGCAGAGAUGAAUAUGAAGCGCAUCAAGAAAGAGUUUUGGCAAAAUUAAAUAAAUCACAUUCCCAGGCUGCCUUAGUAAAUUCUAUCACCGAAGGUAUCAAACUACAAAGUCAGAAUCGUCCACAACGUUCCAGAAAGAAUGCUAAUGAAUCUGAAAAUACAAGUAAUGCAACUUCGUACAAUAAUACUCCAAAUGUUAGUGCCCCUACAACGCCAAAUCCUUCUACAAAUGCUGCAAAUCAAAGUGAUUCUUCGCAAAGUGCAACGGGGCCAUUAACUACUAAUAACGGAGGAGCUAGUAAUAGUUCACAGAAUUCUACAAAUAUUUCUCAACCUGCAAGUAGUCCUGCAGUUUCCGGAACUACAUCUAGAAAUUCUACAACACCUUCGCCAAAUCCCACAAAUCAAAUACCAAAACCACCAAAGCGACAAAAAAGUCUUCAGAAUUCAGAAAAUGAUUCUUCUAGUGCAGAAGCAGAAACAGGAGGUGGUGAUUCUAUGGUCGAUACAGAAGGCGAGGGUCCUAGUGAACCUUUGAUGCUUAAUGAAAUCGAAUUAGUUUUCAAGCCCCAUCCAACAGAAAUGGCUGGAGACAAUUCAUUAAUAAAAGCAUUAAAAGAGAAUAGUAUUCGAUAUAUAAAAACUACGGCAAAUGCAACAGUGGACCAUCUCAGUAAAUAUUUAGCUAUGCGAUUAACUUUGGAUCUUGACACGGAAUUAUCAGAAUCGGAUAGGUUAUUGAAUUUUUGUAUUUAUAUAGCACCUUCUCCAGGACAGCUCGUGGUAUUGAGUGGAUCACAAACAUUACGACAAGUGAAUGACAAAUUCUGGCGAGUCAAUAGACCAUUGGAAAUGUACUAUUCAUGGAAAAAAACCUAGGGAAGGCCUCGAAAAUAUCAGUCAGAUGGGAGCUAGUUGUAUUAUGCUCCGAAUCAAAAUUAAAAUCUAGAUAUUUGUGGAGUCACGUAGGGCUGUUGUGAAAGAAAAAACCUGAUGUGUUUUAUUAUAUUCUAACAGCUUUGAUACGUCUUAAGAGAAGGUAGAACACGAAGAGGUUCUUCGUGUUUUUUGACAGUAGUGCAAUUUUUACGAUCUUUUCAAAUGGUUGCCAAUGUUUAUGCGAUUCGAGUUUUUGUACGAGAGAUUGUUAUGGCAACGUAUUUUUAAGUGAUAGAGUUAAAUUAGGAACAUGACAUACGUCAACGAUAGCUGAUUAAAAUAGGAAAGGAUAAAAAUGCAUCUCGUUAAUCCGUGAUCAUUGUUUUAUAUUCUUGCAAAUAAUACCUACCCGAUCUUAUUGAAGAAAUAACAGUUAGAUCGGUGCACACAUCACAUACAUUUCCAUACUCGAACAAAGUCAAUGGUUAAUUAACUUAUUUAAUAAUCGAUGAACGAAUUGUUGUGGACCAUUCUGUACAGUUUUGUGAAAAAAAGCAAAAAAUAAAUGAAUGUAUAUAAGUGAGAUGACUCAAAAUUAUUAAGUUAUCACCGUUCAUUCUGUAAGUUUAUCCUAUUUUUCGUUACUUUAUACCGUAUAAUGCUACUGAAUCACAAAAAAAAAAAACCUAUUUUAAGAUAAGUUUCCUAAAGAACAUUAUCUUAUCCUUUUUAGAAUAAUAUAUAUACGUAGGGGAAUGUGAGUGCUUAGUUAGUCUACUCCAACGCGUUCGAGCUUACAUUUUCCCCGAGUCAGACGUGAUAAUCGAAAAUCACAUUUCCGGUCUUGUUAAAGAUACAUAGAAACCGUCUUUGCCGUGGAAAGGCAGAGUAAUCGAUAAGAGAACCCUACGACGCACCCCUGCGUUUGCCGCUGAAGCGAAAACAAUGCGGAUACUACGGCCUUUGAUAGCGUGCCACCCUUCUUUAGUUAACGACAAACCAGAUUCUGAAUUUCUCUUCUCUACCUAAUGAGAAAACGACGGAAUAAUAUCGAACACUGUUGGAGAAACACAACGGGAUAUUUUAAUAAUCAAUCUCGUAAGAAAAAUUCAUAACAAUUUUGUGGGAACAUUUCAUGUUCUUAGCUUCCUUUAAUUUUUAUAUUCGAUUAUCCUUAGCUUCUUAAAAAUUAUCGAAAUUAAUGGAACGGAAUUUAUAUUGUUCUUCUUUAUAAUAAGAUCAUUCCUCAUAAUACGAGUUAUAGAUUAUCUACGUUUAUUUAUUUGAUAGCCUUUUUUCAUUAAUUCGCUAAAA